UUCAUAUCUGGGUGUUGACAGUAAGUCCGCGACAGUUUAUCAUCAAUUCCGGCGCAUGAAGUAUAGGGCAUAUUCUAUUCUCAAAAUACUCGACAUGAAUUCUACAAAGGAAGACGGGCACGGUAGUGAAUUUGGCUCUCUGAUCACAACACUCACCGUGAUCACCUCCUUCCUAUCUUUACUUGGUAACGGCACGGUGAUCACCGUCAUGUUAGCCAGACGUCGAGUGUUCAGCUCCUUCACCAAUCGUCUCAUCCUGCACCAGUCCACCAUUGACGCUAUUAAUGGGCUGAUGUUCCUCCUCCUACGAAUAGUCAAGAGCCUCAAUCUUGUGGUGUCUAAGGAAAACAACUUCUACGACCAACUGGUAUGCCGUGUCUUGGCCUCAGAUGUGCUGUUGUGGUGCGGGUACGUGACGUCCACGUACAACCUCGUCCUCAUCUCGCUGGAACGGUUUAUGGCAAUCUGCUACCCAGUGAAACACCGGAAAAUGGUGAACAAGCACAAGUUGAAGAUAGUCAUUGGAGUACUCUGGGCUAUCAGCUUCGUCUACAAUUUACCUUUAUUGUUUCUGAACGCGCCAUCCGAAGGACGCUGUCAGAUAACGGCCGCUGAACUAAAUUCGCAAUUUCUCUUAGGUGUUGUAGCAUUUCUCAUCGAAUACCUUGCACCUUUAAGUAUCAUAGUCUUUGUGUAUGGAGCAAUUUUUAUCAAACUCAAAACGAGACGUGACGAUUCGCAUAAUUUUCGAAAUCAAGCCAAAAAGAACGUCCUUGUUACACUCCUGAUGAUAAGUGUCCUGUUUGUGGUCUGCUGGACGCCUGUCGAAUGUGGCACCGUCAUGCUAUUCAGUCGUGAUUUUGAUGAUGAUGUGCCGGUGGUGAUGGCUGCAAUGUCACUGCUUAUCAGUUUUAACAUGAUCGUGAAUCCCAUUGUGUACUGCUUCAUGUACAAACAGUUCCGAGAUCAGCUGAAAGAUGUAGUGCUGAAACGACUGCGACGUAACCAGGUGCAGAGUGAUGAGCUGCAGGUUCCGAGACACAUGCCAGAUCCUAUAGUGGUAAUACCGAGGGACUCCCUAGCAAUGGCACAUCUUUAACGACUCGAUCUUUGAUGUUUUAACAAAUAGUAUACAAAUAAUAAAGGUUCAUGAGUGCAAUGUUGAGAAUAUUCUCAUGAUUUGAAAGAUUGAAUGAGUUGAAUGGAACAUUCCA